UAGUUCAAGUGGCGAGUUUCUCGAUCAUUCUGUGUUACUAGUCUUUCUCCAUUAUAUAAACAAAUAAAAACUAUAUAUUAGUAUAACAAACACAAAGCACGAUACCCCAAAUCUCAAAGACUUCUCUGCUUCUUUUCUUUUCUCUUCUCUUCUUCUCUUAUUCCACGUUUGCAUUUGCAAAUCCUCUGCAUCUAUACAACACAUAUAUUUCGAUCUUUUAUUCUCUUGUUCCUUCCAAUAAACUCGUCGACUUGACCUUAUUAACACAUACUAAACAAGACCAAAAGUUCUCUGUGUAACUCAUUGUAGUAUCAUCAUCAUCAAUGGAGAAGGAAGACUUGUACGCUGUUAUGGAUUUGAACAACGAAUGUUCACAAGGAGAUCUCAGAAUUUCUUACAAGAACCUUGCUCUGAAAUGGCAUCCAGAUCGGUUUAGUGAAGAAAAUGAGAAAGACAAAGCCAAUACGAAAUUUCAAUCCAUUCAACGAGCCUAUUCUGUUUUGUCGGAUUCGAACAAGAGGAUGUUGUAUGACAUCGGAGCUUACGACAGUGAUGACGACGAAACUGGAAUGGCUGAUUUCAUAAAUGAGAUGGUGACUCUAAUGGCUCAAACUACAUCUACGGGAGACGAAACCUUGGAAGAAUUUGAAAAGCUGUUUCAAGAACUGUUGAUGGAUGAUGUGAAUCAAUUCAAAACUCCUCAUUCAUCUUCAUUCCCGUAUGCACCGUUCAGUGGCAUGUCUGCUUCGGUGUAUGGAGAUGAUUUAUCGAAUGAUGAUAUUCAGAACAAAGCUAAAGUUGACAGUUAUUGCUGCAUAAGUUCUGGAUUGAAAAUUUAUGUUGACACAGUUGAUGUUUUUAAUAAAGGUGAGUGGUCCAUCAACGAGUUCCCGGGUUGGCAAUAGAAGAUCUACGAAGUAGCUAGAGCUUACUUUUUUUUUUGGAACUUUCACAUAAAUUAUUUUUCGUCGUUGUGGUACUGUAAAAUAUGGUAUGUAAUUUAAAAAAAAAAUACAAUGUGUUUUAACUUCUACUUGUCUGAUUCUCAAAUUUUGAACUCGUUGUUCGUACUGGACGUGAACGAUAUAUCACAUUCCAGUUGUUCAGACAUUCGGUCAUGUUGUUUGCAUGUCGCAAGAUUGCAUAUUAUUGUUCAUUAUGUUAA